UUUUGACGUUUUAAUUCUCUUGUCAAACUAUCGAGUGAUUGAAUGAUUGCACUGCUUACACUACAGAAUUUUUUAACCGUAAAAGGCAUGGCACCUUUAUGUCUUUGCACUCUAUUGAAAUGAAAAGCAGACAUGCAUUAAUGUGGUGGGGGUGUAAGUCUGACUGCUGCUAAUGAAACUGCUUAAAAAUGAAAAAGAAAUACAAUCGUUAUGAAAUAUAAAAAUGUAAUGAAGCACAGGUUGAUGAAAGUUGUUGCAAAUUAAUUUGAGACUUUCUUUUCCUUUGAAUAACAAAAGCACUUUGAACUUUUUCACAUUUUGUAACAGUACAACCGCAGUUCUCUAUGUUUUUUUUUUUUGACGUGUGCUCUGAUACCCCUAAAUAAAAUUCUCUGCCACUAACCAGAUGACUGUGAACUCAUCUGGUCAGUAGACGGAGUCCUCCUCUGUGUAAUCUUAUCCAGCUGUUCUGUGAAGGCCUCAGGGGAUUGUUGGAGAACAUUAUCGGACAAACAGCAUCACGAAGUCCAAGGAACACAGAAAACAGAUCAGAGUUAAAGUUGUGGAGACGUUUAAAGCAGAGUUAGGUUAUACAACAAUAUCCUCCGCUUUGAACAUCUACCUAAACCCAACUGAGAACCCUAAGCAACACUUGAACAUUAACAUUUAAAUACUCGGUGUACAAUCUGAUUCUGCCUCAGCUGAUUCGCAAAGAAACAUGGGUGAACCGUAGCGAUGGAUCCAAAACGUCUUGGAGCUGUAAUGGCUGUAAAAGAUCAUUCUGCAAAACAUUGACUGACUGAGAGCGUCCAAAACACAAACGCGCAUAACCUUUUUUAGAAACCAUGUGACAUUUUCCAUCCAGGUCACAAUUAUGCCCUUCUUUAUGUUUAUACGUCACAUGAAAUUCCUCUAAAACAAACUUGUGUUUGUCGCUUCAACGAGACAAAAUGUGAUGAGGUGCAAAAAGGUAUAAAAGACAGCAUGAAUCUGGAUUUUUAGCAAAAUGCAUACUGACUGAAAAGCCUCGUGUCACAGAUGCUUCAUAACAUAAGUAUGCCUCUUCGUAUCUUUCAUAACCACUGGUCUAUUCAUACAUACAUUAGAUUUCUCAAUAAUUAAAAACAAAUCUCCACUAUAUAAAAGUCUCGUGGGAAUUCUAGAAGAUCCACUUCCACAGACAUACCUUUCUAAACAAACAGCCACUGCCAGACUUAUCUCUCACUUAGUGCAACCAAAAUGUAAAUGAUGUAAGUACUUUGAGAGCAAUACAAUCUUCUCGUCGUUUCAAGCGUAAACUUCCUGUGUGUUCUGGUGCUUGAUGACCUGGGACAGGUGCUGGCUGGAGGGCCGCAUGCCAUCCCUCUUAGUUGCUUCGUCACGUCUGGUAUAAAUAGCUUUACCAAAAGCAACGCAGUUGCAUCCCAACAGAGGGGAGGGAUCACCUAGUCCUCAUAAGAGACCGGACCUCACUCACUGUGUGCGGACAGCGUAGCUUACAUUUAAGCCGCACGCUUCAGGCAUGGGCACGCGUGGAUCCAAGCCAAAGAAACAAGUGCAGGUCCUCCUGCUGGGCCUGGACGGCUCGGGAAAGACCACCCUGCUCUACAAGCUCAAGUACAACGAGAACGUCGUCACGGUUCCGACUGUGGGAUUCAACGUGGAGAUGCUGGAGACGGACAGGGGAAGCCCAGGACUGACGGUGUGGGACGUCGGGGGCCAGAGGAAGAUGAGGCCCCACUGGAAGCAUCACUUCCUGGACACAGCUGGGCUGGUGUUUGUGGUGGACAGCGCGGAUGGGAAGCGACUGGACGAGGCCCGCAAGGAGCUGCACCGGAUCUUGAGGAACCACAGUCUAAAAGGAGUUUCCCUUGUGAUUCUGGCCAACAAACAGGACCUUCCAGGAGCUCUGAGCCCAGAAACACUCUGCCAGGAACUGGACCUGAGGAGAGCGUGCGAAGGCAGAGCGUGGUUCAUCCAGCCCUGUUCAGCCACCAUGGGAGUGGGUCUUGAAGAAGGUUUUAGAAGGAUGGUCUAUUUAAUGAAAAACCCACUGAGACAGACUCAAGAGGACAUUAAGGUGAAGAUGAGGUCCAAAGGAUUUAGUUUCACAAUAAUCAAAAAUGCUAUGGUCUGUGGCGGCUGAUGGUUUUUAUGCCUUUUUUUUUUUUUUAAACAAAACGUUUUAGGUUUCUAAAUGCUUUACAAUGCUUGUCAUUUGCAAAUGGUGAUGGACAUUAGUUAUUCUGCAUGGACCAACAUUUCAUUGUGAUGCAGCCACAAUGUGUUCUGCUGUGAAAUAUUAAACCACAGCUGAACAUAAUAUGAAAUCACAAGGAUUUUGGGUUAUCUGAUUUGAGAAAAACUGUGAUUAAAAAUGUUAGUUGUUGUUUAUUCCAGUUCUAUUUACUCCAAGGAAAUGCUUUGUUUGUAACCUCAGUUUUGUAUAGUAACUACAUCAAUCAAUAAAGAUUUAAGUACAUA